AUGACCCGCCAACUCUUGUGGUGGGAAAGGGUGGAUGCUUUUGUUGGCUGGUUGUUCGUUGCAGCCGCAGGACUAAUGUAUGCUGCUAUCGCGGGGCCAUUUCGCGGCCGCUCAGGAGCAUCAAACUAUCAUCAUCAUUUAAUCCAAGCGGCAGUUAAGAAAGUAUUGUACCGCACUGUGGACACUCUCAGGCAAGGCUAA